AUCUCUUCCUCCUCACCUUUUCUAUUUUCCAUAAAUUCUCUCUCUUUUUUCUCAACACCCACUUUUUUUUUAAUAUUUAUAUAUAUGUAUAAUCCUCUCUCUCUCUCUAAUAGGACAACCAAAACACUCUGCAUGCUCCCCCUUUCUUUUGCCACCUCAAAAAAACAUUUUAAAAACUAAAAAACCCCCUUUUUAAUUUUAUCUCUUUUUUAACCUUCACUUGGCUUUUUCUGGUGUUCUUCUUUGAAGGCACAAAAAAAGUGGUUUUAUACUCCCAUUUUCAUCAUCAUCCCACAUCCUUGUUUCUUUUCUCUCUCACGCACUCACACACUGAAUUUUCUAAACAAAAAAUUGGAGAAGGAAAAAAAGAAAAGUAAAAACGCCCAAUAAUAAUAAACGCUUGAUUUAUGAUGGAUGUCAUCUCUCUCUUUCUCUCUCUCACUGUAUUUAUUCGUAUUUUUUUGGUUAUUUUUUAAGUUUUGUGUGGAUUUUCUUUACCUUUCAUUAUUAUGUAGGCUAGGAGGAGAGAGUUGAUAUUUUCCUUUCCGGCCUAUUCAAUGCUGAAAGAGACGGUGAGUUGAGCUGUUGUGUGUAUAGUAUAUGUCUUCAUUGCUUUUAUCAUCAUCAUCAUUCAUCUCCUUCAACCCAAACAAAAAAACAUCAAAACAGAACAUAAAAACUCUCUGUAUUUUUUAGAGAUAGAGAGAGAGAAAAUCAGGGAAAUGAGAAGGAAGGAGAAAGGUAUAUCUGUCUCUGUGUGUGUGUGUGAAUUGAAUUGAGGAGGAAGAGUGUGAUCUUUCCCUUUCGCGUUGAAAUUCCAAUAUAGCCUUUUUUUGUUGUGGAACUCUUGUAAAGUUGAAGGGGGCACCACACUUCCAUAUACAUAGAUCCUUUUUAGCUUAAGCUAAAAUCAAAGAAGCCGGAACCCAGAGAGCUUUCUGUAUCAUUCAUUCUUUAUUGAAAGAAUUUUUUUCUUUUGGGGGGAGUUUUAUUCGAUUGAAUUGAAUUUCUACCCUGGGAUACUGUAUCGGAGACCGUUGGAACAUUGAUCAUUCUGAUAAGAUUGUUUGUGAUCUCCCCAGCUCAGCUUGAGCUAGCUCCAGAUUGGUUUUUUUGGAAUUUUGUUUUUUUUUCUAGUUCGUGAGUAGGAUUUUGUGGUUGUUUCCAAGUGUAAAUUUGUUGGAGUAUGAGGGCAGGGUUGAGUACUAUUCAACAGACCCUGACCCCGGAAGCUGCCAGCGUCCUUAACCACUCCAUAGCGGAAGCCGGCCGGAGAAAUCACGGCCAAACAACUCCGCUCCAUGUGGCGGCGACCCUUUUGGCUUCCCCAUCUGGGUAUCUCAGACAAGCAUGUAUUCGUUCUCAUCCUAAUUCCUCCCACCCGCUUCAGUGCCGGGCUUUGGAGCUCUGUUUCAGCGUGGCAUUAGAGCGGCUUCCGACUGCUCAGAACAUGGCUCCCGGGAUGGAGCCACCCAUUUCUAAUGCUUUGAUGGCGGCUCUUAAGCGGGCUCAAGCGCAUCAGAGGAGGGGUUGUCCUGAGCAGCAGCAGCAACCGUUGUUGGCCGUUAAGGUGGAGCUGGAACAAUUGAUAAUCUCAAUCUUGGAUGACCCAAGUGUUAGUCGGGUGAUGAGGGAGGCGAGUUUUUCAAGCCCGGCUGUAAAAGCCACUAUUGAACAAUCCUUGAAUUCGAGUUCGAAUACCAGUUCGAAUGCUAUCCCUCAUGGGAAUGUUAAUUUGGGGACAUUCGGAGGAAUCUCCGGUCCAAGGUUGCUCACACCUCCAACUUCUAUUCCGGUUCCUACCCCAAAUUUGGCUCCAGUUAUGACUAUGCCUAAUCGGAAUAUGUACUUGAAUCGCCGCCUCAUGGAGGGUGGGUCUGGCCAAUUGGGUAGUCAGCGGAAUGAAGAGGUGAAGAAAGUUGUGGAUAUUUUGAUGAGGACUAAGAAAAGGAAUCCUAUUUUGGUUGGUGAGGCCGAGCCAGAGGCCGUUGUCAAGGAGCUUGUACAGAAAAUUGAGAAAGGGGAAUUGGGUAAUGACGGGCUAUUCAAGAAUGUUGCAGUGGUUUCAGUUGAGAAAGAGCUCGGUUCUGAUAAGAAUCAAAUGGUGGAGAAAAUCAAGGAACUCGAAGCUUUGGUGGAGAGUAGGAUGAGCGGAAACGGAAGUGGUGGGGUGAUUCUUGAUUUGGGGGAUUUGAAAUGGCUUGUCGAGCAGCCUGGGAAUUUUGGAGGUUCCGGUGGCGGUCAGCAGCAGCAGCAGGUUGUUUCAGAGGCAGGGAAGGUAGCCGUGGCGGAAAUGGGGAAAUUGUUGUCAAGCUUUGGUGAGAACGGUAUCCGCGGUAAGUGUUGGUUGAUUGGAACUGCAACCUGUGAGACAUAUUUAAGGUGUCAAGUUUAUCAUCCUACAAUGGAAACCGAUUGGGAUCUUCAGGCUGUUCCGAUCACUUCUAGAUCCCCCAUGCCAGGAAUGUUUUCAAGGCCUGGAGCUGAAAGAAUUUUGGGUAAUUCCACGGAUCCUCUAAAUUCAUUGAAGAAGAUGCCACUAUUGAAUCCGGCUUUGUCAAGGGCAGCCAGUGAGAAAGUUGAUCCUGCGCGAAAAAUCUCCUGUUGUCCACAGUGUUUGGAGAAAUAUGAGCAAGAGCUGACCCUUAUGAGGAAAGAGUUAGAAAAUUCAUCCCCUGAUAAGAAGUCGGAACCAGCCCCAGCUCAGACUUCUCUUCCGCAGUGGCUGCAGAAUGCCAAACUUGGCAACGGAGCUGUAAAAUUGACAGAUAUGUCUCAGAAGGAUCCAGAAUUGCUUGCGAAGCAGAAAACUCAAGCAUUACAAAGGAAAUGGAACGAUACAUGUUUGCGGCUGCAUCCUAGCUUCCAUCAAAGUGUUAAUCCAGAGAGAUCUUCUCCAGCAUUGCCAACUAUGAGCUUGUGCAAUCCAAAACUACUUCUACAUCAACCCAUUCCAUCGAAAUUGCCAACUACACGGAUACUUGGCAAUACUCUGCAAUUGACUCAGAAUGAAGGGGCCGUCCAACCUUUAGAUCGUGUUUCUGCACCGAACCAGUCAAUCAUCCCGCCUCUGGGUGGUCGCAGUACUCCUACUGAAGUGGUCAUUCAACCAAAGGACCGUGCUGGCACUCCUCCUCGAAGCCCCGUGAGAACAGAACUUGCUCUUGGCCGUAAAGCCAAUGAAACAACUCCUGAAAAGGCCACUGAAACUGGAGAAGAGCAAGUAAAAGACUUGUUAAGUCGCCUUUGCUCUGCACCUCAGAUGAAGCUGGUUGAGAAAUUUGCUAGUGCAUUAGAUGCUGAUUCUUUCAAAAAGCUUUUAAAAGGUCUGAUGGAAAAAGCUUGGUGGCAGCAAGAAGCAGCCUCUGCAGUGGCCUCAGCUGUUACACGUUGUCGAUUAGGGAAUGGUAAACAGCGGGGUGGUGCAUCUAAGGGUGAUGUGUGGUUGUUAUUUACUGGUCCUGAUCGGAUUGCAAAGAGGAAGAUGGCAUCUGUCCUCUCUGAGCAAAUGUCUGGUGUUAAUCCAAUUAUGAUACCUCUUGGUUCACGACGUGAUGAUGCAGGCCGAAAUACAAUUUUCCGGGGUAAGACAGCACUGGAUCGGAUCGUGGAAGCUGUUAGAAUGAAUCCCUUUUCAGUCAUUGUGUUGGAAGAUGUUGAUGAAGCAGAUAUGUUGAUGCGUGGCAACAUCAAGCGUGCGAUGGAAAGGGGUAGGAUUACUGAUUCUCAUGGUCGUGAAAUUAGUCUCGGCAAUGUCAUAUUUAUUUUAACGGGCAAUUGGUCAUCGAUAAGUAAUGCUGAAGCUUCCGUAGAUGAAAAGAAGUUUGCUUCCUUAGCGAGUGGUAAUUGGCAGUUGAAGUUAAGGAUGAGUGAAAAGAAUGCCAAACGAAGAAUAAGUUGGUUGCAGGAUGCUGAUAGACCAACAAGGCCAAGAAUUCAAGCCAGUUCCGGCCUAUCUUUUGACCUUAAUUUAGCAGCAGAUGGUGAAGAUGAUAGAACAGAUGGAUCCCACAAUUCGAGCGACCUCACCGUAGAUCACGAAGACGAGCAUGGCCUUGAAACUGGGCAAUUUACAACCUCAGUGCCUCAUGAGCUUUUCAAUUUAGCUGAUGAUGCUAUAGUAUUCAAGCCUGUGAGCUUGGCCUUUGUUCGUAGCGAGAUCAAGAAAACCAUUGCUACCAAGUUCUCCAUCGUUUUAGAUGACAGGGCCUCCAUUCAAGUAGAUGAAGAGGCCGUAGAGAGGAUCGUAGGAGGGCUAUGGCAUGGUCGGUCUGGCUUAGGAGAGUGGGUAGAGAAAGCUCUAACGCCGAGCUUUGAACAGCUCAGUUCCCGGCUACCAUCGACGAUGACUGCAUCGAAAGUAGCUCAUCUUCAGCUUGAACUGGAUUCAACUUUGGAUAACAAAGCUGGUGGAGAGUUGCUGCCCAGUAGUGUUGCAGUAAUGGUAGAUGGAGUAUAAAAAAGUAUGGGGAUGCCAUUAGUAAUCCUUCGUUUUUCAGCGGGUGAAGGUGUAAAUAUGUGAAAAUGUUUUAGGGUUGGGGGUAAAGAGAAGAAAGAAAAAUUAGAAAGAAAGAGAAAUCCAUGGAUAGAGUGAGACCUUGGCUGAUAGAUUCAACAAAAAUCUUGAACCAGUCUCAUCUUUUUUUUUUUUGGUUAUAUUAUAUUUGUUUAAUUCCCUUUGCCUACAUGUUAUAUUAAAUUUUGACCUAAUAUAUGUAAUGUAUAUUUAAUCAUUUAUUCCUAUGAAUAUAUGAAGAACAAUGAAUAAAAGAACAAGGAAUUAUGUGUUCCCUUGUUAACUCCAUUUCUUUCUCUGUGAAUGGAAAAAAGAAACAGCUUAGUGGAUAAGUUAAA